AUGGCAUCUGGAAAAGAUGGUCCUGCCUUGCCUAAACUGGCUGACAAAUGCUCGGAUGAAAGUGAACAUAAACCUGCAAAUAAGUAUGAUGAUAUCCAUUUGCCACGGUUUUCGUUAAAGCAAGGGAUGAUCCCAACACGUUAUGUUAUGCCUUGGAAAGAAAACAUGAAAUUCAGGAGUGUGAAUCUGAAGCAAGCAGCAGCAUGUGGGAUCUACACUGGCCCAAUAGAAGACUCUCUGUUUUUAAAUCGCAGAGAAAGACUUUGCCAUGGGGAGGAUCGUAAAGUUGUCUUAAAGAAAGGCCCACCAGAAAUAAAAAUUGCAGAUUUCCCUUUGUAUUCACCUCUCUCUAAAUACCAAAGCACUGUGAUUUCCCAUGGCUUCCGGAGACGACUGAUCUGAUGAAAGGCUUGAAGAGAUAACCUGAGCUGAGGACCUAGCUCUGUG